AUUUUUCUUGUUCAGUGUAAAACCCUAACAAAAUCUCAAUCACCAAAACGAUGAAGCGAGUUUGGAGAUUCACUUCAGACGCAGUAGCGCAAGCCGAACACUUCUGCUUCCACUCCCAUGGCACCCCUAACCCUAAACCUAAUAUUCCGUCCUUUACUACCACCACUGCUGCAUUCACAUCGCCUGGCCUCACGCGCCGCCACUGCACCUCCGCUACCCCUCCUCCUCCUCACCCGCUCCAAGAUAUUACUCCCCUCUUCAUCGAGAAACGCAGGCUUCCGUUCGGAGAGGAUCUCAUCAAUAAAGCAUCGGUUUUGAAGAACCAACUGGUUCUCGAAGCCUCGGAUUCCAAUCGGGUAAUUGAGAUCCUCGAUGAGAACUCUGCAUCACUGAUUGAAAGUCAUGUAGGUGGAUCUGUGCUGCUCGAGCUCUUGAAUCAGUUGGAUUCGUGGCCUUCCUUGGCCCUUCAGGUGUUUGAUUGGAGGAGGGAGAAGAAGAAUUCUGGUGUUGACUCCCCAAUGAGUGUAUAUGAGUAUUCUAAGGGCAUAAAAGCUGCAGGUAGAUGUAAAGAUGUUCAUCAUGCCGUUGAGAUCUUUCGAGACGCUGCGAAGAAGGGCAUGAGAACGACCAGCACUUACAAUGCAUUGAUGAGUGCUUUUAUGUUCAAUGGUCUUGCAAAGAAUUGUCACGAGUUGUUCUGUGAUAUGAAGAAGCAUGCAGCUUGUCCUCCUUCAAUUGCCACAUACAAUAUUCUCAUAUCACUUUACUCCCGCUUGGUGCUGGUGGAUUACAUGGAAGAAACAUACCAGGCGAUAAAAGAGUCGGACCUCCAACUCAGUGAGAAUACUUAUAAUUAUUUGAUUGCUGGAUAUAUCUCGGCUUCGAUGUGGCAUGACAUGGAGAGAGUUUUUCAAAUGAUGAAGGGAGGCCCUGUCAAGCCUAACUUGAAAACCCACCUGCUAAUGCUUCGAGGCUAUGGACAAUCAGGUAAUCUGGAGAAGAUGGAAGAGAUGUAUUCUCUAGUAAGGGAUCAUGUAAACAAAAAAGAAAUUCCAUUGAUCAGGGCCAUGAUAUGUGCGUAUUGUAAAAGUUCAGAUUCGGAUAGAGUGAAGAAGGUAGAGGGAUUGCUGAAGCUUAUUCCACAAGAACAUUACAGACCAUGGUUGGACGCCUUGUUGAUUAAGCUCUAUUCCCAGGAGGACUGGUUAGAGGAAAUGGAGAUUACAAUUAAUGAGGCUUUUGAGCGCAGAACCCGGAUAGCCUCAGCAAGUACUAUGAGAUGCAUUACUGCAACUUAUUAUCGGUGUAAUGCAAUAGAAAGGCUAGAAGCUUUUGUGAAACGUGCUGAAUGUGCUGGGUGGAGAAUCUGUCGGUCCUUGUAUCAUUGUAAGCUUGUCUUAUAUGGAUCACAUAAUCGUAUUGAUGAGAUGCGUUAUGUCUUUGAUGAAAUGGAAGGUGUUAAAAUUAAUUGCACAAAAAAAACAUUGUGGAUAAUGUACAAAGCUUACCUGAACCAUGGUCAGAGAUCCAUGGUUCUGAAAAUACUGGGACAAAUGUUCAAGCAUGGUUAUGAAGUCCCCUUGCAUGCAUUUCCAUCAUAAAUUAUAUUGUCAUUCAUAUCACCUGUUUCAGUUAUUGUAAGCAUGUUGGUUCAGCAGAUUAUUGCAAAAUUUGUUCCUUACUCUUGCCCGAAGCUGAACUUGUCUAGAAUUCUAACGAAGGAACUUGCAGUUAAUUGCAUAUGUUCUAUGUUGAAAAUCAUUCAAGUUUUAUACCAGUGGUUGCACAUGGCAGCAUGCACUAAUAUUAGAAAAAUAAAAUUAGUGCAACAACUGACAUCUUCAGCAGCUUGUCAUUUAAAUAAUUUGUAGGUAUGCAUCUUUUCUUGAGGCUUCUUUUAAGAUAUUCUUGUUCUGGUGUAUUACUUAUUUUGCUGUCAUGCCAUUAAUAAUGUUAAUCGAUACAUGCUUGGGUUUUGAUUAUGAACAUUUUACCACUCCUCUAUUGUUAACAAUAAUAAUUCUGAAAUUUUCUGAUGGUGGUAUUUGUUUGAGUGGUGCCUCUGGAACUGGUUCUGCACAAGGAUACUUUGUUUAAGAUGCAUGAUUUGAAGUUAUGCUUUGUUAUGCAAGUCUGGAUAGUGUGACAAUAUAUAGCCUUUAUAAUAUAACAUAGCAGGAUACUCCUUUUUAAUCCAACCAUUUAGGUAAUAUACAAAAUGAUUGCUUACAUUUUCUGCUUUACGACAGUAGUUAUUGCAGAUGGUGUUGUACAUGUGCAGUCUUUGGGAGAUGAAGGGUCCCCAACACAUUGAGUGCUGCUGUGUUUGCAAAGUUUGAAUAGCACUUUCUUGAUACUUAUACACAGAAGAGAGCAACUCUUGAUCUUUAUGCUGAUUCUAUUUACCACUUAUGAAACCAUGUUGGAAGUUUGGAAGAGCAAGAAGUUGAUAUGGCAACAACAUUUAUUUAUUUAAUACAUAUUCAUGAAAUUGGAGCUUGCAUUAGCAUGCACCAAACAAUCAAUUCUUUGAAUGGCUAUCCCCUUCAAAGCCGUUUGUUUCGAAGCUAAAAUUUGCAAAUUUUUGUCAGCUAAAUUUUGUUGUAGAUGUCCUGAAUUCAUUGGCAGAUUAUGCUUGUAAUAAAUGGUUAGGGUGAAAAAUUUUAAUCCAGACGGUUGAUAUUAUUCUUUUGUAUAAGAGAGAAUUGCAUAUACUUCUUUUUCACUCCUCGCAGUACUAUGUUUCUUAGUCUCCAAUCAU